CGUGUUUUUAAAAAAAUUGCAUUCAUUUUAUUGGCAUUUAAUUGCAUUUCUUGCAUACUACUGAAUAAUUAAAACAUUUCUUUACUUUGUUACUUACAAAGCAGAAUGUCGUCUAUAGAUUUCGACCCUGCGAUAAAGUUAUGCUUAAAAUAUUUGCAUUCAAGUGCAUCUGAUUCCACUGAACAACUGCGGUUGACUUUAGAUGACCACAUUCGUCAGACUUAUGGAAGUUCUAAAACCCUUGGCAACGUUUUACCGAAGAAGUAUUUGGCUGAGGAAAAGUUGGAAUCACCAAGAUCUAAACAUAAGACCGAAAAAUCAUCUACUACCAAGACUGUGGCUCUGCCUCAACAAAGUCCACAGCAAAUACAAAUACCCGAGCGUGAAAACGAUGACGGAUCUGUUAUUGAUGGAGAGUUAUCUCUGGAUUUAUUAGAAGAAGAUUUGACCUGUGCUGUAUGCAGACAGAUAUCAGUUCAAGCUGGCAAUCGCUUGGUGGAAUGUGAUGUAUGCUGUGCUCUUUAUCAUCAGGAUUGCCACAAGCCUGUAAUCAGCGACAACGAUGUAGCAGCAGGGUGGCAAUGUGCUUCUUGUUUGGCAUCACAAGGGAUUACUGGAAAUUACAUCAAGGCUACCCCCAAGUCUCCUUCUAACAUAUCGGGUUCCUCUACUCCGGUUAAGAUAUCCUCAAGUAGUUCCUCUUCCUCAUCUCCUUCUAAAGUGGUGACUCCCAACAUCAACAUUAUAUCUGCUGAUAAGAGAUUGCAGAUCAUGAAGAAGAAGGCUGCUAAGCAACAUGAAAAGAAGAAAUCUAAAUGAUAAUAACUCUUUGUUUCUUAUGAAACAAAGUAAAAAUCAAGUGGCAUGUGAUGCCAGUGUAAGAAUAAGCUCAGGAAACUGAAAUACAGUAUAUAUAUUUUUUUCUUGAUUACUGAGGAAUGUAGUUAUUAUUAAAAAUAAUUUAAACUUAGCACAUAUUGGUAAGAUUGUGUAGUAUAACUAUUUUAUAGUUUCAAUCUCAUACAAAUUUAUUAUUGUUUAUAUUGUCUGUCUACUAUAUUACAAAAAUAAAGAUGGGUAGUUAAUAUUCUA